UGUCAUGUGACUCUCAGGCUGCGCUAUGGCGGAAGCAGAGGAGCAGGAAACCGAGUCUCUUGAAGAAUCUACAGAUGAGUCAGAGGAAGAAAGUGAAGAGGAACCCAAACUGAAGUAUGAAAGGCUUUCCAAUGGGGUGACGGAGAUUCUUCAGAAGGAUGCAGCAAGCUGUAUGACGGUCCAUGACAAGUUUUUGGCACUGGGUACACAUUAUGGCAAGGUUUAUUUACUUGAUGUCCAGGGAAACAUCACUCAGAAGUUUGAUGUAAGUCCUGUGAAGAUAAACCAGAUUAGCUUGGAUGACAGUGGAGAACACAUGGGAGUGUGUUCAGAGGAUGGCAAGCUACAGGUCUUUGGACUGUAUUCUGGAGAAGAAUUUCACGAGACUUUCGACUGUCCCAUUAAAAUCAUUGCUGUGCACCCACAGUUCGUGAGAUCCAGUUGUAAGCAGUUUGUAACUGGCGGGAAAAAGUUGCUGCUAUUUGAACGGACCUGGAUGAACAGAUGGAAGUCUUCUGUCCUACACGAAGGGGAAGGGAACAUCAGGAGUGUGAAGUGGAGAGGCCAUCUGAUUGCUUGGGCCAACAAUAUGGGUGUGAAAAUUUUUGACAUCACCUCAAAGCAAAGAAUCACCAAUGUUCCCCGAGAUGAUAUAAGUCUUCGCCCAGAUAUGUAUCCCUGCAGCCUCUGUUGGAAGGACAAUGUGACACUCAUUAUUGGCUGGGGAACUUCCAUCAAGAUAUGCGCAGUGAAGGAACGCCACGCCAGUGAGAUGAGGGAUCUGCCAAGUCGAUAUGUUGAGAUAGUGUCUCAGUUUGAAACUGAAUUCUACAUUAGUGGACUUGCACCUCUCUGUGAUCAGCUUGUUGUACUUUCCUACGUAAAGGAGGUUUCAGAAAAAACGGAAAGAGAAUACUGUGCAAGACCUAGACUGGACAUCAUCCAGCCACUUCCGGAGACGUGUGAAGAGAUCUCCUCCGACGCUUUGACAGUCAGAGGCUUUCAGGAGAAUGAGUGUCGGGAUUACCACUUAGAAUACUCUGAGGGGGAAUCACUCUUCUACGUCGUGAGUCCAAGAGAUGUCGUCGUCGCCAAGGAACGAGACCAGGAUGAUCAUAUCGACUGGCUCCUUGAGAAGAAGAAAUAUGAAGAAGCUUUGAUGGCAGCUGAAAUUAGCCAAAGGAACAUUAAACGACAUAAGAUUCUGGAUAUCGGGUUGGCAUAUGUAAACCACCUGGUGGAGAGAGGAGAGUACGACAUGGCUGCAAGAAAAUGCCAGAAAAUUCUUGGGAAAAAUGCAUCCCUCUGGGAAUAUGAAGUUUACAAAUUUAAAGAAAUUGGGCAGCUUAAAGCAAUUAGUCCCUAUUUACCUCGAGGGGACCCAGUUCUGAAACCACUUAUCUAUGAAAUGAUUUUGCAUGAAUUUCUGGAAAGUGACUAUGAGGGCUUUGCCACACUGGUCAGAGAGUGGCCUGGAGAUCUGUAUAACAAUUCCGUGAUAGUUCAAGCAGUUCGAGACCACCUGAAGAAGGACAGUCAGAACAAAACGUUAUUGAAAACACUGGCAGAAUUGUACACCUAUGACAAAAAUUAUGGCAAUGCUCUGGAAAUAUACUUAACGUUAAGACAUAAAGAUGUUUUCCAGCUGAUACACAAGCAUAAUCUUUUCAGCUCCAUCAAGGAUAAGAUUGUGUUACUAAUGGAUUUUGACUCAGAGAAAGCUGUUGAUAUGCUUUUGGACAAUGAAGAUAAAAUUUCAAUUAAAAAAGUGGUAGAAGAGUUAGAAGACAGACCAGAGCUGCAGCAUGUGUAUUUGCACAAGCUCUUCAAGAGAGACCAUCAUAAGGGACAGCGCUACCAUGAAAAACAGAUCAGUCUGUAUGCCGAAUAUGACCGACCAAACCUACUUCCCUUUCUCCGAGACAGUACCCAUUGCCCACUUGAAAAGGCACUUGAGAUCUGUCAACAAAGAAACUUUGUAGAAGAGACAGUUUACCUUCUGAGCCGAAUGGGAAACAGUCGAAGUGCCCUCAAGAUGAUUAUGGAAGAAUUGCAUGAUGUUGAUAAAGCAAUUGAGUUUGCCAAGGAACAAGAUGAUGGAGAGCUCUGGGAAGAUCUGAUUCUGUAUUCCAUCGACAAACCACCAUUUAUCACUGGCUUGUUGAACAACAUUGGCACACAUGUGGACCCAAUUUUACUGAUCCACCGAAUUAAGGAAGGAAUGGAGAUUCCCAAUUUGAGAGAUUCCUUGGUUAAAAUUCUGCAAGAUUAUAACUUGCAGAUUCUGCUUCGGGAAGGCUGCAAGAAAAUCCUCGUAGCUGACUCGUUGUCAUUGCUGAAAAAAAUGCACCGAACCCAAAUGAAAGGCGUUCUGGUUGAUGAAGAGAAUAUCUGUGAAUCGUGCCUUUCUCCUAUCCUCCCAACAGAUGCAGCGAAGCCCUUCAGUGUGGUGGUCUUCCACUGCCGGCACAUGUUCCACAAGGAGUGCCUGCCUAUGCCGAGCAUGAAUGCUCCUGCACAAUACUGCAACAUCUGUAGUGCUAAGAACCGUGGGCCUGGAAGUGCCAUCCUAGAGAUGAAGAAGUAGGCCUGUCUGCCUGCCCGCCCUUUGCCACUCUCCGCUGAGUGACUGUUGGACCACAACAGCUGUGUCAACGCCAGUGCUGUUGAGUGACGUGUUCAGGGCUACUCUGUGCUCCAUGUCAGUUGUUUCUCCAGACCUUCCUUCCAGAAGCUGCUCCUUGUCACCGAUGGAGAAGUCAAACCUACUUCCAUGCCAUGAAAUAUUGCAUUGAUAAUCAGUAUUUCAUGAUUUGUUUAUUUGGCUUAUUUAGUUAGCAAAUGAAAAGAGUUCAAAGUGACUUCGUUAAACCUUAGUUACACCACCAGGCAUGAACUGUACUACUGAGAACACUGCCAGCUACAGUCAGCCAAAAGUUCUGCUGGUAACAGUUCUGGCAUGCCCGGCUACGCUGUUUGUCAUCAGCUGUGAGUAGCUUCCUAAAGCGCAUUUAGUAAAAUGCUGAGAACUGACACUCCUUCAAUGACAUGUGGGAACACCAUUAGCUGGUGUACUUUAGCUUUAUGUUCGCUACCUACAUGCUGACUAGCUCAGUUAUCUGGCCCAUCAGGUCAUCAAUAUUUGUUGAAUGAAUAAAUGUUGCCCAUCCCAUUGUGAA